AUGUCUCGCUUAGAAUUACUCACUCCUGAAGGUCUACGUAUCGAUGGCCGUCGUGCCAAUGAAUUACGUAAAAUCACAGCCAAAACCUCAGUGUUUAGCCAAGCGGAUGGCUCUGCUUACAUUGAACAAGGUAAUACCAAAUGUCUUGCUGCUGUGUAUGGUCCCAGAGAGCUUCGUUUCCGUCAACAAGGCCAUGCUGAUCGUGCUCUCAUCAAUGUUGAAUUCAACGUGGCACCUUUCAGUUCGAGUGAACGUAAAAAGAGAUCCAAAAACGACAAACGUUCAUUAGAAGUAGCAGCAUUCAUCCGCCAAACCUUUGAACCUGUCAUUUUCACAUCACAAUUUCCCAAAACUCAAAUCAGUAUUUAUCUUCAAAUUUUCCAAAACGAUGGAGGGUUACUGCAAGCUUGUAUCAAUGCAGCAACCAUGGCUUUGAUUGAUGCUGGUAUUCCCAUGAUGGAUUAUGUGUGUGCUUGUUCAGCUGGCUGCAUUGACAAGGAGCCUGUUUUGGAUCUAAACAACUUGGAGGAGACAUCAGAUACACCUGAAUUGACUGUUGCGAUAUUGCCUAGAACUGGAAAGGUGACCUUAUUAGAGAUGGAAUCUCGCCUUCAUGUAGAUAAACUUGCCAGUGUCACAGAAUUAGCAACAGAAGGUUGCAUGAAGAUUCAUACCAUCUUGGACGCAGUUAUUAGAGAAAACACUGAACAUCUCAUGUCAAAAUUAAAAGCAUAA